GUUAAUCUUAUCAGUUACGAAACUUCCAAACUGUCUAGGGUCAUGCUUUUAUUUGCAGCUGUCAUUGGUAUAACCUUGUUAUUUGGGGUGGAACCCUGGGUUAAUGACUAUGACAGACCUUUCACAUUCACGUGCCCCCAACAUCACUCUAUCAACAGGGUGAUUAGUCGCCAUUUCGACGCAGCGGAAGAUCGCAUUUUUGACUUCAAAUGCAGCAAGUACACGUCUGCCUCCGAAAGGGAAAGCUGUUCUUGGUCUGAUUACGUGAAUGAUUUUGACAAACCAGUCGUGUUCCAGUGUCCCAAUGGCGGUGUUAUGGAUGGCGUCCAUAGUUACCAUGACAACGAAGCAGAGGACAGGCGCUUCCGUUUCUACUGUUGCGAAAAACCAGGAAUGUGUCUGUACAAUUGUUUCUACAGUGGCUGGGUCAAUAGUUACGAUGGAUACUUUGACUACACCGUUCCGCCUGGUCACGUGAUGCGGGGGUGGACAAGUAUCCAUGACAAUGGAGCAGAAGAUAGGAUUUUUAAUUUCGAAGUCUGUCUUAUUAAGAUCUGCAUUAAUACGGGUCUUGUCGGAGAGCUGAUAGGGAAAAGAGCGGCAAACAACACGAAUGGACGUCACAAUUGAAUAUCAGUCAUUGUAUGACUAACUUUAACCUUAAAAUACAAAUACACACACACAACCACUACAAGACUGUUCAUUCAUGUCUCUUCUAAAUCUUAAC